UGCUCCUCCCCCUUGUGUUGUGACUCCUCCCCCAGACGGAAAAGGUCCCUUAGCCCACUUGAUUCUAGCAUCUACCCACAUUGACAGCGCUGAUCUCUCUGCCCCUCCCCCCAACUCACAUGACACCUGUCUCCUCCUCCCAGUACCCACACUGCACCGCGCGUCCCGGUACCGGCAGCUGCACAGGAGCUCGUACACAUGGCACCCACAGGUCAUAUGAUGGAGCAGUUGCCCAAAAAUGAAGAGAACCAUCUAAGAUGGGAUUUGACUCCAGAACAAAUCCUGUUAAUGACGCCUGAGCUCAUUGAGAAAACCAAGGCUGUGUAUGACACCGUGGGGUGCCUGGACAUAAACUGCGUGACCUACGACAACACACUAAAAGUACUGGCCGAUGUGGAAGUAGAGUAUACAGUUCAGAGGAACAUGCUGGACUUCCCACAGCACGUGUCUUCCAAUAAGGAUGUCCGUACAGCAAGUACAGAGGCCGAUAAGAUUUUGUCCGAGUUUGAUGUAGAGAAAAGUAUGCGGGAAGAUGUGUACAGAAGACUUGAGCACUUACAGAAAAUUCUUCCUCCCGAUUCUAUGAAACCAGAGGCAAAGAGGUUCUUGGAAAGAUUGCUUAAAUGGGGUCAAAGGAAUGGCUUAAACCUUUCUGCUGAGAUACAACAGAAAAUUAAGAACAUCAAGAAAAAGAUUAGCACACUGUCCAUUGACUUCAACAAGAAUUUAAAUGAAGUAACCACAUUUUUAACUUUCUCCAGGGAAGAGCUAAUGGGCCUUCCAGAUGACUUCCUGAACUCCCUGGAGAAAGCAGAAUCUGGAGAGUUAAAAGUCACUUUAAAGUAUCCCCACUACUUCCCACUGAUGAAGAAGUGUUCUGUUCCUGAGACACGGCAGAAGCUAGAGUUAGCUUUCAACUCCCGCUGCAAAGAGGACAAUAACUAUAUUUUACGGGAACUUGUGAAACUUAGGGAAGAGAAAACUCUUUUGCUUGGUUUUGAGACUCAUGCUGAUUUUGUCUUGGAGAUGAACAUGGCAAAGAACAGCAAGACAGUGAAAAGUUUUUUAGAUGAGUUAUCCCAAAAACUAAAACCCCUGGGUGAGAAGGAAAGGGCAGUCAUUUUGGAACUCAAAAAGAAGGAAUGUGAGAAGAGGGGAUUUGACUUUGAUGGGCAGAUUAAUGCGUGGGACAUGAGGUACUAUAUGAACCAAGUAGAGGAGACCACAUACAGUGUGGACCAGAACAUUCUCAAGGAAUAUUUUCCUAUGGAAGUAGUAACCUCCGGGCUGCUAGAUAUUUACCAGGAGCUGCUAGGCCUGACCUUUGAGCUAGAGAAAGGUGCUCCAGUGUGGCAUGAGGAUGUGUCUAUGUUCUCUGUAAGAGAUUCAAGGACAGGACAUCUUGUCGGAAAGUUCUACCUUGAUUUAUAUCCUCGGGAUGGGAAAUAUUCCCAUGCGGCGUGCUUUGGAUUACAGCCUGGGUGUCUACUACCUGAUGGUUCCAGACAGAGAUCUGUCGCUGCCAUGGUUGCCAACUUCACCAAACCCACUCAGGAUGCCCCAUCCCUUCUUCAGCAUGAUGAAGUGGAGACGUAUUUUCAUGAAUUUGGGCAUGUAAUGCAUCAGCUCUGUGCCGAGGCAGAUUUCGCAAUGUUCAGUGGAACGCAGGUGGAGAGAGACUUUGUUGAAGCUCCUUCUCAGAUGUUGGAAAAUUGGGUAUGGGAGAGAGAAUCUCUGCAACGAAUGUCAAAACAUUACAAAACUGGCAAGCCUAUUCCAGAGGACACGGUGGAGAAGCUCAUAAAAUCCCGUCUUGCAAACACAGGUCUUCUGAAUCUUCGGCAGAUAGUUCUGGCCACAAUAGACCAAGUAAUACACACACUUAAAGAUUUAGAUCCUGUAGAAGAAUAUAGAAAAUUGUGCAAAGAGAUUCUUGGAGUCCCUGCAACACCUGGGACAAAUAUGCCUGCGACUUUUGGACAUCUUGCGGGAGGAUAUGAUGCCCAGUAUUAUGGAUAUUUGUGGAGUGAGGUAUUUUCUAUGGAUAUGUUUUACACACGCUUCAAACAGGAAGGAGUCAUGAACCAAAAGGUGGGUUUAGAUUACAGAAAUUGUAUCCUGAAGCCUGGGGGAUCUCUGGAUGCCAGUGUUAUGCUGCGUAAUUUCCUGGGUCGUGACCCAAAACAGGAAGCAUUCCUUCAGAGCAAAGGACUUAUGGACCUGACCUGCUCUGUGCCUUCAGCUUGUUAAUAAACUGGAACAUUGCUUAUCCACCAGACCGAGCAUAGAUUGUUCUGGGCACACGAACUGUAAUUUGUAACAGGUGUCAUACACGAUAAAACCUCAAAGUUGCUGUACAUUAAUUAUCCAGUCAUCUGUAUUUUAAGGGUCAGAAUUAAAUAAUUUUGAUAAUUUGUAUCAAUCAUAUGAACACUAUUAAAAAUAUGUAGAUAUUCGAAGACUCUUCGUGUAAUACGGUUAUUACUGGGGUUGUCUCAAAUUACACCUAGUCAAUUUUAAUAAAGAAUGUAAUGGAACAAGAUCUAUUCGUAUACAAAUAAAAUAUCCAAAACCAA